CCUUUUUCAGGAGAAAAGGCCAGAUUACUUGACAACAAAGAAUAACUUGGAAAUCAUGAGUGAGGUUUCGAAGGGAUAUUUGCAGAGGAUCCUGCUGCAGCUCGAAUGCCAUUUCACUUGGAUGUUGCUGAAAGAGGACAUCACUCCCAAGGAGCUGGAGGAAAGGGUUACAAAUCAGAUUGAAUUUUUACCAUCCAAAUCCAAAAUUCAAAAUUAUAACCUGCUGGCCUAUGCAAACCAUUUAAAUGGCAAGAAAGAAGCCACUCUGGAAAAUUUACAGAAAGCCGAAGAGGCUGUGCAAAUCGAACACCCAAAGGAGAUUGAAAAGGCAAGUCUUGUUACCUGGGGCAACUAUGCUUGGGUGUACUACCACAUGGGCCAGCUUGGAAAGGCACAAGAGUACAUAAAGAAGGUGGAAUGUGUCUGCAAACAACAUGGAAGUGACUCUCCUCACAAGAUGAAGCUCCCACUUAUCUACUGUGAAAAGGGGUGGGCACUCCUCAAAUUUGGGGGAGGCUAUUAUGAAAAGGCCAAGGAGAGCUUUGCAAAAGCAUUAGAAGAAGAGCCCCAAAACCCAGAAUUUAAUGCUGGCUAUGCAAUCACAUUAUACCGUAUGGAAGAUUAUUAUGGGAAGAAAUCCUCCGCAGAAGGGUCAUCACUGGAGCCCUUGAGAUAUGCAGCAAGUCUGAAUCCCAAUGAUGCUUUUCUUGUGCCUGUCUUUGCAUUGAAACUACAGGAAGUUGGUGAAGCUGAAGAAGGGGAAAAAAUUAUGAAGGAGGCCCUUCAAAAAAAUCCAGACGUCCCCUAUGUACUGAGGUAUGCUGCCAAAUUUUACAGGAAAAAAGGUGAUGUCAUUAAAUCCCUGGAACUUUUGGAAAAGGCAUUAGGGUUGACACCAAACUCCAGCUUUCUGCACCACCAGAUUGGCCUUUGUUACAGAAAACAGUUCCAUGAGAUGAAAAGGGCCAGAUGUCAAGACAGAGAAAAGAUGGAGGAGUUGAUCAGCCAUUGUAUUUUUCACUUCCAAAAAGCAGUGACGUAUAAAUCCAAGUUUGUCUAUGCUUACCUGGACCUUGCCAACAUGUAUGGAGAAGCAAAGCGUCUUCAGGAAGCAGAGGAAACAUUUCAGAAAGUAUUCGCCAUGACUAAGCUAUCCUGUGAAGACAAACAGGAGCUCCACUUCUCAUAUGGCUGCUAUCAGCAGUUUCAAAAAAAAUCAGAAUCUGAAGCUGUGAAACACUAUCUGGAAGGGUUGAAGAUGGAAAAAGAAUCAUAUGCAAGAGAAAAGUGCAAAGCUUCUUUGAAGAAACUGAUAGAAAGGAAAAUCAACAGAAGUCCAAGAGACUCAAAGAGUUUUGGCAUCCUCGGAUACAUUCACCAACUCAGUGGAGAAAGGCGUCAAGCCAUUGAGUGCUACGAACGAGCCCUGGAGAUGGAUCCUGACAGUGAAGAAUACCUAAGUGCUCUCUGUGCUUUGAGACUUUCUUUACAUACCUAAACCUUCCUAUGUGUGCUCAUAAUGUAACAAAAUUCAGAAUGCUCUACUUACUUCUCAAUAGUUACAUCAUAGUCCCUGUGAUUCCUUUGAUGUAGUUGAGUUUAAGAUUACACAGCCUUUGAUAACUGAACAUUAGGCAUUAAUUUGAUCACAUAAAUAGGGUAUUACAUUACAGGGAUGCCUCAUAACAGAAAUCUUGGCAUUGGGUUUUUGAUAUAUAGGCAUGGAUGGAGGGAGAUCCUAUGCAAGCAUUAGAAAGUCUUGAUCCCAAGUCAUUUCCAAGGUAAUAUUUUUGUCUGAACCAUUCCACAGUCUCUCAGCACUUCCAACUGGUCAUGGAGUACAUUUAUACUGGUAAAUUUUCAUAUAUAGCUGGAUGUUUUUGACAUUAAAUAUAAAAUGUAUAAAUAUGAAAUAAAAUGACAUAAAUGUGUGUAUUAAA